AUGGGAUCUGGUAGUUCUGUAAAUGCCAACUACAAGUACUCCCUGCAGAAGUCUGAAAAUGCUUUCAAGGCAGCCGUCUUGAUCCAGCGGUGGUAUCGGCGCUACGUUGCUCGGCUGGAAAUGCGCCGACGUUGCACCUGGAGAAUCUUUCAAUCUAUUGAAUAUGCUUGCGAGCAGGAUCAGAUCAAGCUUCACAACUUCUUCAGUUACCUCAUGGACCACUUCACGCCAAGCAGCAGUAAAGAGAGGGAUUUUAUCAGUCGCAUGUUUGUAAGUGGAGAAAGCUUCAAAGAGGCAGAGCUGGAAAAAUACUGUGACUAUGAAUCCAUGGAGGUGCCAGACUCCUACACUGGACCCCAUCUCUCUUUCCCACUCCUUCCUGACCAUGCGACUGCCUUGCUGGAAGCUUUCAAACAAAAACAACAGCUCCACGCUCGCUAUGUCUUAAACCUCCUGCAUGAGACCAGGAAGCACCUCAAACAGUUGCCAAACAUCAGUCAUGUCUCCACCUGCUAUAGCGAGGAGGUCACCGUGUGCGGAGACUUGCACGGCCAGCUGGAUGACUUGUUCCUCAUAUUUUAUAAGAAUGGCCUUCCUUCCCCUUCCAAGUCCUAUGUGUUCAACGGGGACUUUGUAGACAGAGGCAAACAGUCCCUUGAGAUCCUCAUCGUCCUCUUUACCUUCCUCUUGAUCUAUCCAAAGGAGGUUCAUCUCAAUCGCGGGAACCAUGAGGACCAUAUGGUCAACUUACGCUAUGGUUUUGCCAAGGAAGUAAUGCAAAAAUACAAGGUGCAUGGGAAGAAAAUCUUGAAGAUGAUUCAGAAUGUCUUCUGCUGGCUGCCCCUGGCCACACUGAUUGAUCAGAAAGUCCUCAUUAUACAUGGGGGCAUCUCUGACACCACUGACCUGGACAUGCUUGAGAAAAUUCAAAGGAACAAAUUUAUUUCUGUAUUAAGAGGGAAGAAAAGAAAGGAGUCAAAUAGAAAUGUGGAAAUACAGGAAAUAAAUGGGGAGAGCAAAGAAGAGCCCCGGCCGGCCCAGGCUCCCAGUAUGGCCAACAGACUGGAGUUCUCCAGGUGGGUCCGGCAGACGGUGCAGGAGCAAAUCGAGUGGUGCCGCCGGCUGGUGGACAUCAGUGAGUCAGAGGAGGAGGAGCUCACCUAUUCCAGCGUGGUCUCCUUGACGGAUUUGGAUGGGCCGUGCUGGACUCGCCAGGAGGAGUGGAAGCAAAUUUUAGACAUUCUCUGGAGUGACCCCAUGCCUCAGGAGGGCUGCAGAGUAAAUACGGUGCGAGGUGGUGGCUGCUACUUUGGGCCUGACGUGACAGAGAGGAUCCUUGAGAAGUACAACUUGCAGUUCCUCAUCCGCUCCCACGAGUGCAAGCAAGAGGGCUACGAGUUCUGUCACAACCGGAAGGUGCUGACCAUAUUUUCAGCCUCAAACUACUAUGAGAUUGGCAGCAACAGAGGAGCCUAUGUGAAGCUGGGACCAGACCUCGUUCCCCAUUUUGUUCAGUACCAAGCGAACAAGACAGCCCAUACCCUCACUAUGACCCAAAGAAUCAGCAGAGUAGAGGAGUCAGCCUUUCGAGCCUUGCGGGAAAAGCUCUUUGCUCACACCUCAGCCCUCAUCAGUGCAUUCAAGGCCUACAAUAAGGACAAUACAGGAAAGAUCACGCUGAGCAACUGGGCAAUGGCAGUGGAGUCAGUUGUGCACCUGGGAUUGCCCUGGCGAAUGUUGAGACCACAGCUGGUGCGCAGCACGGCCGACGGCAUGCUGGAGUACAAGUCCUGGCUUGACGACUUGGCCAUGGAGCAGAGGAGCCAAGAGCACAUCCAGUCGAGCUUGCUGGAAGUCAUUUAUCGAAACAGAUCCAACUUGGAGACCAUAUUCAGGAUUAUAGACAGAGAUCAUUCAGGGCUCAUCUCAUUCGAGGAAUUCCACCAAACCUGGAAGCUGUUCAGCUCCCACAUGAACAUUGAACUCACAGAUGAUGGCAUCAACGACUUAGUUCGCAGCAUUGAUUUCAAUAAGGAUGGAAACAUCGACUUCAACGAGUUCCUAGAAGCCUUCCGCCUUGUCAAACAGUCACAGUAGAGAAAACCUGGUGAGGGUUGCCACAUCCAAUGCCUUGACUGUCUGCAAGACCAGGGGGACCCAGCUACCCACAGAGCAUGCCUGCAGAUGCAAAGCAGGGAAAGGGAAGGCAGAUACCUAUAGCGCUUACUGGCUGAAAACAGUG